AAAAGCGAUAUUUCUGACCCCUGCAGGCGUUUCUCGCUGGCCGUGCGGAGAGAUUUCUUCACUACCACAGCCAAGGAAGGAUAUGAUGUCGGAUUUGACAAAACACAAGCAGAAACAAUUGUGUCAGCCUUAGUAAGCAGUUUAUCAAAUGUUUGCCUGGAUACAAUCUAUAAGGAAAUGGUCACUCAAGCUCAACAGGAAAUAACAGUCCAACAACUAAUGGCACAUUUGGACUCCAUUAGGAAUGACAUGCUCAUCCUUGAGAAAAGUGAAUUUGCAAAUCGGAGAGCAGAGAAUGAGAAAAGGAAAAUGGAAUUAGACCAGGUUAAACAACAAUUGAUAAAUGAAACUAGUCGUAUCAGAGCAGAUGAUAAACUAGACAUCAACCUGGAAAGGAGCAGAGUAAUAGAUAUAUUUACAGAUCAGGAAAAGAAACUUACGGAAGUGACUACAGAAUUUAUCAAAAAGGAUAGCCGAACCAGAAGUGUUAUUUCAGAGACCAGUAAUAAAAUUGACACUGAAAUUGCUUCUUUAAAAACACUGAUGGAGUCCAACAAACUUGAAACAAUUUGUUAUCUUGCAGCCUCAGUAUUUACUUGUCUCGCAAUAGCCUUGGGACUUUAUAGAUUCUGGAAAUAA